UCCCACCUGCGCAUGCUGCUGCUGCUCGCGGAUGAACAUUACGGUUUCGACAGGAUUCCGAUCAAAAUGCCUCACAGAAUCGAUACUGCACCUUCCUGAGAUCUGAUCAUGACAGAAGAAGCGUUUUAAUCGAUGGACAGACUUUAAUGUCAGAUUGAACCGCUGAGGGGAACUGGACUAGCUGAAUCAUGCCUGGGAAGUUAAAGGUGAAGAUUGUCGCAGGGCGGCACCUGCCCGUCAUGGACCGCGCCAGCGAUCUCACGGACGCCUUUGUGGAGGUGAAGUUUGGAAACACAACAUUUAAAACUGAUGUGUACCCCAAGUCCCUGAACCCUCAGUGGAAUUCCGAAUGGUUCAAGUUUGAGGUGGAUGACGAGGAUUUACAAGACGAGCCGUUGCAGAUAACUGUUCUUGACCAUGACACAUACAGCGCUAAUGAUGCCAUAGGGAAGGUGUACAUUGACAUAGAUCCAUUACUCUGUAGUGAAGCAGCGACCGUCAUCUCUGGCUGGCUCCCUAUCUAUGACACAAUACAUGGUAUAAGAGGGGAAAUCAAUGUGCUGGUGAAGGUGGAUUUCUUUAAUGACCUGAACCGCUUCAGGCAGUCAUCAUGUGGGGUGAAGUUCUUCUGUACAACCUCUAUUCCUCGAUGCUACCGCGCCGUGAUGGUUCAUGGCUUUGUAGAGGAGCUUGUGGUGAAUGAGGAUCCCGAGUACCAGUGGAUUGACCGCAUCAGAACCCCUCGUGCAUCCAACGAGGCCCGACAGAGACUCAUCUUUCUCAUGUCAGGUGAAUUGCAGAGAAAGAUUGGUCUUAAGGUCCUGGAGAUGGGAGGGAACGCAGUGGUGGGGUACCUGCAGUGUUUUGACUUGGAAGGAGAAUCAGGCCUUGUGGUCCGUGCCAUCGGGACAGCCUGCACACUGGAGAAAAUCAGCACCCUGACUUCUGCCUCAGCCACACACCCCAGCAACUCCUCUCCUUCAAAAGACAUGAAAGAGCCAGUUUUUGGGGAGGAGGCCCCAGGCAUCCCAUUAACCUCAGGACCCCCAACCCCCCUGAGAGCACAAACCUUCUCUUCCUUCUCCCCCUCCAAGUCCUACAGUCGCCAGUCCUCUUCCUCCGACACCGAGCUCAGCCUAACCCCCAAAACCGGAAUGGGCAGCGGCGGCAGUGCAGGGAAGGAGGCGGGGCCUCUUAAAGCUCUUCUGAGGCAGCAGACCCAAUCCGCUUUGGAGCAGAGAGAGUACCCUUUCUUCACGUUGACCUCCUUCCCUCCUGGAUUUCUCCUUCACGUGGGGGGCGUGGUCAGUGCCCGGUCUGUGAAGCUCCUCGAUCGAAUCCACAACCCAGCCUUGGGUAACACCAGAUCAUACAAACUGCUAGACUGGAAUAGUUUCACUGCAGACGAACCAGAGACACGAGAUGCCUGGUGGGAGGAGAUCCGUCAGGAAAUAAAGUCGCAUGCCAAAGCUCUCGGCUGCCACGCUGUGUUGGGGUACAGCGAAUCCACCAGCAUCUGCGAGGAGGUGUGUAUUCUGUCGGCAUCGGGCACUGCGGCGAUCCUCAGCUCCAGAUUCAUGCAGGAUGGCCCACUGGACACCGACUACAGGUUGUCACGGCAACCGCUUGUCUUUUCUACAGGGGCAGAGAGGGUCGAGGGGGAUAUGGGUAGUUCAGCCUCUUUAGGAUUUGAGGAGGUGGCGCCCCCUGGCUGUGGUUUCUGUCACAUACCGUACGAUGAGUUGAAUAUACCAUUUCCUGCGCAGCUCACCUACUGCUACUGCUGUCGCCGCUUCAAAGUGCCCGAUGUUCUCUUCACCACAAUAGACUUGCCUACAGAAGCGAACAUCACUGGCAAGGGCUGCCUGAUUCAAGCCAGGCUGUGUCGGACCAAAAAGAAGGCCCAAGGGGAGGGAAACGCCACAGCCAUCAGCAACCUUCUUCCUUUCCUAGAGUACGAGCUUCACACACAGCUGAUGAACAAGCUGAAGCUACGUGGCAUGAACUCUCUGUUCGGCCUGCGCAUCCAGAUCAGCGUGGGAGAGACAAUGCUGCUAGGACUGGCGUCUGCCACAGGAGUCUAUCUGACAGCGUUACCCAGUCCUGGAAGAAUCCAGAUAGCAGGAAAAACUCCCAGCGACAUCACAUACGAGCAGCACAUCUCCAAUAUGCAAAAGAAAAUCAACGACACCAUAGCUAAAAACAAAGAACUAUAUGAAGUCAACCCACCUGAGGUUGUUGAAGAGAUAAUUGGUUCACCAAUCCCUGAGCCCCGGCAGAGGUCCCGCCUCUUCCGCUCUCACUCAGAGAGCUCUGACGAGGUAACUGAAUUAGACUUAUCCCAUGGAAAGAAGGAUGCCUUUGUACUGGAGAUUGAUGACACGGACGCUGUGGAAGAUAUACAUGCACUUCUGACUGAUUCCCCUAUGCCACCAGGAUUCUACAGCUGCAACACUGAAAUUAUGCCUGGUAUUCAGAACUGGACUUCAGCCAUACAGAUGUUUACCUCCGUGAGGGUCUUCCGCCUUAACAACGCCAACCUGACCAAUCAGGGACUGAAUAAGAUUUUCAGUGACCUCUGUGAGAAUCUUCUUAAGAGCUUGUACUUCAAACUGCGGUCGAUGAUCCCCUGCUGUCUCUGUCACCUGAACUUCAACGUGGCUGUACCUGAAGAUGAGCUCAUACAGGUGGCGGUGACAGCUGUUGCAAUGAGUUUUUACAAAGAUCAGACUCUUGAGAAUGGAAGACAAAGUGGGGACAAGACCCUGAUAAAGGCAAUAACAGAAAAUGACGAGCAACUUCAGUUCAAUCUGGAGCUCAAUGCUGAGUCGUCUUCUUCAAACCCUCUCAGCUCCACCAAAGGUCUCUCAGAUGUUUCGGGCAGCCAUCCCUCGGCCAGAGACAGAUGCAGUUCCUGGAUAGAGCAGCUUAGACUGAAAGCUCACACCAUAAGACGUGGAUCAGUUAAAACAAUGUCUUCUCUGGAGAAGGCCAGCCCGUUGCCAGAAGGUCGCUCUCGUUCCCUUCAGUCGAAUCGCUCGUACUCUGGCAGUUCUGUUACAGUGGUCAAAAUGACUCCCCUCUCUUUCAUUCCUGGAGCAAAGAUCAUCAAAUACCUUGGCAUCAUCAACAUGUUCUUCAUUAGAGAGACCAGCUCGCUGAGAGAGGAGGGAGGUGUGAGUGGGUUUCUUCAUACGUUCAUAGCUGAAGUAUUUGCAAUGGUUCGCGCCCACGUUGCUGCUCUCGGAGGAAAUGCUGUUGUCUCCUACAGCAUGAAGGAGUGUGUGUUUAUGGAGAACCCCAACAAGAAUCAGGCGCAGAGCCUAAUCAACGUUAGCGGGGACGCUGUUAUCUUUGUCCGAGAAUCCGAACUUGAGACGACUUCUAUACAGCCGCAGUCGGCGACCAGAGAGACCUCCAACGGUGGGGACGGAACGUGAACCCUCAAACACACACUCCAAAAAACUCAAGUGUGCUAGUCUUAACCAGAACCAUGCCAUCUUAUGCCAUUUGAAGCUGGUUCAUGUUAAAACUACGGCACCAACCAAAUCUAAAGUUUCCAAAAAUAACUUAAAGAUCUCUUUGCAACCCGAUUGGCUGGUUCUCUCGAGUGUCGUAUUUUAGCCCAUUAAAUGAUCGAUGUUUUAUUUCCGAAUAAUGUUUUAAAAUCCCUCCAUCAGAAUCCUUUCAAAAAGGACGUCUGCCAUUUUUCUAUUUGUUGGCCAUUAUUGUUCACAUUCCAGUUUGUCCAUAUGAGGCUGCGGCAGCUACAAAUUUAAAAGGUCUAAAAGAGUGAGUGUCUGGGUGUUUGUAAAGAGUUUGUAAAUAUGUGAACAUCUCUAAAUGGCCAUGUUUUAUAUUUCAAUAUUGGAAUAAACUACUUAUGCACUCGCACAGACAUCCAGUUCAGGAUUUUAAAACACUGAAUCUGCCAUACUGGUUUCAAGUUAGAUAUUUCUCAUCACGUCCUACUGAUCUCUUUAUAAUCAUGUCAGAUGUUGUAAAUGUGUUCGUUUGCUUUCAUGUGCCACAAUGUGUGAUUUUUAUUUUUUUUUUGUUCAGACGUCAGACGUCUGUGAGGCUGGUCCUGUUCCCUUGCAUGUGCAAUGCCAGUUAAUCAAUAAGAUAAAGAGAUAUUUUAGGGGCAGAGGCAUGCUCACCAUGAACUGUGGGACACGUGAAUGUACAGUUGAUGAGAAUGGAGAGGAGACUCAAGUCUGGUUGAGGUUGGCAGCAUGCUGAAUCCUCUGCUCAUGUGUUGACUGAUUUUUAUUGCUAUUAUUUUGUAUAUAUGUGUUUGCCUGAGGACAAAACAAAAUUGCACAUUAAUAGUAUAAUUAAAUAAAACUGUUAUAGCUCUUGUGUGA